ACUACACAACACUGCUGAGAGGUGGGUGGUUAGCGACAUCACGCUAUUGCAUGACGAUAUUUGUGGUCUCGGUUCAGCAUGCUUGAGGUUUUUAGUUCAGCAAUCUUGGUAUGCCUCGACCAAGAUGAGCAGAGUAAUGGCUGCUGAGCUUGCUCGCUUCGAGUUGCUUCUAGACAUUUGCAAAUCCAACUCUGGCUAGCCGAAAGUGAAGGGUGGAGGGCGCUAUCAAAGGAUGCUGUCUUGCUAUUGGAAACCGCACAAUGGGCAAAGCUGCGUUGAGGUGGUGUGUUGCUGAAGCUUACUCACCAUCGUGACACAACAGCCAAAUUGCGCAGACCCAUUGCGCCUACUUGACACUCUAGGAGCAUCUUUGCACCAUGUCACAUCCAGCUACAGUCCUUCCCUCCUUCACCAUCUCGCCCGCAUCGCCCGAUCCACUGCAUCAAACUUCAUUCCUUGCAUUGCUGUUCACAGUUGUGUGUCACGUGCUGGCGCUCUUGACUUCAAACUACAGUUGGGUCGAUAGACUUUGGAGUAUAGCGCCCGUUGUGUAUGUGUGGGUUUUGGCCGGACAGCAAGCUGGUGGAGAUGUGAGGAGUUUAGUGGUUUGUGGAUGCGUGACUUUCUGGGGAGCAAGGCUGACUUUGAACUUUGCGCGAAAAGGCGGGUAUAAUCCGAAAGACGAAGAUUAUCGAUGGGCAGUCCUUCGAAAAGCGAUACCAUCCAAGAUUCUUUGGCACCUAUUUUCUCUGCUCUUCAUCUCCGUAUAUCAGAAUUUCAUUCUUCUGCUGAUUUCCUUGCCUACGUACAUUGUUCACCGGGCGUCUGUCCUCUCUCCAACGCCCUGGAGCAAUCUUGAUACGACUCUCCUAGUACUUUUUGCAGCGUUCUUAGUCGGAGAAACGAUAGCAGAUAAUCAGCAAUUCGCUUACCAGACAAAGAAACACCAAUUGAUUCGAAAAGCACAAAUGGGCGACAAGGAUGCGUCCACAGACAACCUUGGUCUCCCACAAGUUUAUGCCCGAGGAUAUCUGACGACCGGAUUAUUCAGAUAUUCUCGGCAUCCAAACUUUUUUUGCGAGAUAAUGAUCUGGUGGUGCAUUUACGGAUUUUCUGUCGCGGCGACGAUACCCAAGUCGAACGGCUUGAUAGAUCUUACAUGGAGCAACAUCGUAAAUUGGACGAUUAUUGGACCGAUUAUGUUGACGCUGCUCUUUCAAGGGAGCACAUCAUUUACAGAGGGCAUAUCUGCUAAGAAAUAUCCGACAUACCAGAUUUACCAAAAGACAACCUCACGACUUGUACCCAUGUGGCCUGGCAAGGAUGUCGAUCAACAAGUAAAAGAAGAGCAAGACAAACGAAAAUAGUCUUCUGAGAAUGCUUUUGAGAUUUGACCAGGUGUACAAAUGUAUAUUUACGAUGGAUGUAACGCCGCAAUGAAAUCUGAACGUCGGAGGGUGAUCAAGCUGUAAUAUCGUUACAAACUAUACACACAGACAUUGCUAAACGAAUACAAACAAUGCAAGAGCCUUUCGAUGCAACACACAUGAAG